GCGCCCCACCGAAGAGCGGCUGAUUCACAAAGCAAAUCCAAGACGGUGUAGCCCAGCACUCAAUAUCAAUGAAUGAAAUCGUCAACUGGAGAAUUUGGGCCAGUUUACGGAAUACAGUAGGCUAAUGAGUGUUUGACACCAGUGAUUUGGUCGGAGUUCACUUUCACCUGGCGUCGUUUGCACUUCAAAUACAACACCACGAACCGUAUCAACGACCUAUCCAACUCAUAAUACUCGUUCACCCCAAUUUCUACAAUGGAGUCUCAACAAGAGCAAAAUUCCGAGCCCACCGUGAGCGAGCAGUUAAUAGAUCUCCAUAUGCUUGCCUCAGAACAACCACUCCAUGCAAGCCCUACCUAUUCCGAAUCUCUAUCACGCAUUCAGAACGGCUACCUGCACUGCAUCUCCAUCCUCGAAGCACAGAUCGGAGCUCUUCAGGACAGCAAUAAAGAAGCGCGCGCAAAACCCAUUGAAAUGAGAGGACAGAUCGUGCAGCUUCAAAACAUGCUAGCGGUGAAGACCAAAGCAUUGGGCGACAGCCACUGGAAGAUCGCUGAGCUUGAGGGACUCGUGAAGCAGCUGAGUCAAGCAUUGGAGGCGGCGAAAAGGGAAAAUAUGAGCACUGCGAAGGAUGGGGCAGAUGGUGGUUUUGGUGAAGGUAGUAGGAAGAUGAGCUCUGUGCAGGGUAAGAGGAAGUGGGGGAAUUCGGGGACGGGAACAGCUGACGAUCCUUGGUCCUUGUAAGCUGUGUUCAAGGGAGGAGCGGGUCUGAGAGAUGAUCGAAUUGACAUUGAGUUAUGGUGUGCAGGAUAGCUUUGGAUAAACCUGAAGAGCAGGAUUAAAUUUGUGGUCCUUCAUGCUCUGUACAAUUGCGUGGGAAAACUGCUGCCAGUAUGACUGAGCCCCUCCAGUGUGUGGCGUUGGCUUAGACGUACACACAACCUGUUAUAUUGACGUCGUAAUUGG